GGAACGAAAUGAGUUGAAGACGAAAUGUUGACGGACUCAAGAUGAGAAAAAUUAAUAAAUAAACUUAAAUUAAUUAUCGUUCCCUUUUUUACUUGUUUUUUUUAUAUUUUAAUUUUCCUUAAAAAAUAUUUAGUUUAUUUAUUUUAAUCAAAAGAAUUUAAUCAUUUUAUUUGGGUACUGAUUUAGAAUAAAACGGGUUUUAAAAAGUUCAGACUGCAUCACGAAUUGAUAGCAAUAAUUAUCAAGUUUUAUAUAUAGUGAAUGAACCUACUCACUUAAUAAAUAGCAAAUAAAACAAACAUAACUGUAAAUUAAGUAACUUCCGUCCGUUGAAGUAUAGAAAUACUAGGAAUAUUACAAAAAGUAUUAACAUGCCACUCCGGAUUUUAAAAAGGAACUCGAAACAAUACAAUGUGGUUUCAAAAUCUGCCUUCGUCAUCUCCGUGGAACUGCUUGAUAAUGGGGUUAUGGAAUGCACCCUGGAUUCAGAUUCAACGGGAAGAGAGUGUUUGCUCAAUAUUUCUCAACGAUUAGGUCUCCAUCAGCCUGAAUUUUUUGGUCUCCGCUACAUUUCUCGUGGCGUUCCUCCUCGCCAUCGAUGGGUGGAUUUGGAUCGUCCAUUGAGGAAACAAUUGCAAAAAUAUGCACAAGAUUCACAACUUAGUUUGGGCGUCAUGUUUUAUGUGGGGGAUGUGAACCUUUUGAAAGAUGAGAUGGCCAGAUAUCACUACUUUUUGCAAUGUAAAUCUGACGUAAUUGAUGGAAAGUUAAACUGCAGUAUUGACCAGGCAAUCUCACUUGCGGCAUACAGUUUACAAGGAGAGUUUGGAGAUUUUGAUCCAGAGAGACAUACUGUGGAGUAUUUAAGAGAUUUUGCAAUACUCCCAAAGGAUUUGAUCUCAACUGGAAAGUUACCUCAAAUCAAUGUCGAUGCCUUAUUUGAAGCCGUGGUUCGUCAAUAUCAUUCAAUGAUAUCUUUCCCACCACCAUUAGCAGAAAUUUAUUACAUCAUGGUGGCUCAGCAGUUGGACGGUUAUGGACAAGAACCUUAUCCAGCCAAGGAUGACGCUGGGAAUGAUAUUUUAAUUUGCAUUUCCGCUAAUGGGUUAAUCAUCCGACGUCGGGAUUGGACUCACAUUGCUGCAUUUAGAUGGAUAGAUAUCAAGUCUCUUCUUGGCCACAAGAGACUCUUUGUUGUUGAAAGUUCACAAUCUCAUCGAACAAUGCAAUAUCACUUUUCUGAUACUGAAGUCGCUAAAUAUGUACGAAAAAUAUGUCUCUUGCAAAGCACAUUCUAUAAAGAAAACAUCCAGUCGGAAACAGUAGGACCACAACAACAAAUUGCAACAGAUAAUCAACAUAUCAUGCCGAAUCAACAAGAUCACCAUCCAAACAGAAAUAUAAACCUGAACAAUCAUCAUCAUCCUGGUGGUGCUCAUAUGGGAAACAUGGAUCAAGGAGCCUAUUUUCCUGGAGUCCCUCCUGAUCUUCUUGCUCCAACCAUGUCCUCUUCGACAAUUGGUGCUUCGUCCAAUUUCUCGUCGUCUAUGAACAAUUCGUCAUCAUCAUUCAAUCAAAGUGGUCUUAGUUUAAAUUCCUCGUCGGCUUCAGCGCUUAAUGUAAACCACCAACUUCAUUUCAACCAGAAUCAUGGAAUGUUUCCUUCACAGCCUCAGUCACAUCUUUUUCAAUCUUGUGCCCCUCAUCUGCUUCAACAACAAGGAGUAGCUGAACCACUCAUGUUUCACCAUCCAGGCGAAUUGUAUAAUCAGAUACAAAUGAUACCUUCUGUUAGAACAAAUCCACUGGCUGAUCUAGGUGGCGACCUGGAAUACUCUAAUGGUUACGGCAGGGCCGUUUCUGAUUAUACGGCUGCUCUCCAGCAAAAAUAUGGGAGCGUGGGAAUUCCAGAUUUGUCGUCAAGAAAAAGUUCAUCGCAGCUCUACUUUUCCUCAUCUUCUGGAGGCGAAAGAAGUCGAAGUCAGAGUCAAACUCUGCAACAAAUUAGGGCAUCAUUAGAGGAAGAACCAAUUUAUCAGAAUGAAAUAGUUUCGCAAAUGCAUUCCAUGGAGUUACGCGACUCUGCAUCAAAUUCCAACAGUGCAUCCGAUGUCAACGGAAAUGGACAGGCCUCAUCCAGCGAUUCUGCCGGCGGCACUAUCGCAUUGGAUAACGAGAUAUCUGCAAAUACUGAAGUUUCAGCAACUUCUUCCCCUUCAUCUUCAAUGAUAUUCAAGGACAAAAUUACCGAUGCAUACCCAAAUGAAAGUAGCUGGCUAAAUAAUCCAUCAACAAUGAACUUUAUGCAGUCUCAACCCCUCACAACCACUCAACCCCCACAAUUACAAAAUGAAACAACAACUCCUUCCAUCUAUGUGUUUAAACCCCCUCCUCCUUAUCCUGGUCUAUGCUCAACGUCUUCAGUCUCGAAUUCUGCUGGAUCCAUACAAAACAAGAGUAGUUCGGGGUCAAAUCAGGAGAUUUCUACUGAUUCGUCUGUCUCAAAUUCUACGACUUCAUUGUCUAGGAAUACAUUUUCGCAACCAGCAACAACAGAUUUAACUAUAGCUCAACUCUCGCCUUCAGCCACUUCGUCCAUUGUUAGUGCUCAAAUACAUUCUGAACCUGGACGUCAAGAAGAGGAAGAAGAAUUACCAAGCAAAGAAGAUAAUGAUGAAUUGUCAGAGGUGGGCGGAGAGGAAAUAUUGGAAGUGGAAAAAGUGAAACCUACUGUUAUGGAUGAUUCAAUUGCAUCGGUUACUUCUUCGACUGCUACAAGUUAUACUGAAUGCUCAACAAGCGCAAAUAGCUCAUCAAUUUCAACUUGCGUGGAUGAAGUUGACUCUCCAAAACCUUCCUCAAGUACAAGUUGCUUCCCUGAAAUUCGAAUACAAAGUAGAAUUAUAGAUGAUCGUUGUCCAGCUCAAAAAUCUACGAAUAAAGCUGGACAACUAUUUGGGAAGGCCAUUGACCCAGCAGUUCUUCGUGAGUUUCAAGCAAUUCCAAAAACCAAAAAUAAUCCUAGUUUUGCCACAGCUUUGAAACGUGAAAAUUCCAAGCGGAACAGAACCCCGGACAUCCUUCCAUAUGAAGAUAAUUCUGUUCGGUUAGGUCCCACGCGACAAAAUCCGAGUGGUUACAUUAACGCUUCACCAUUGUCGGUGAAAAUUGGCGAUCGCCAGUGGCUGUAUACCGUAGCACAAUUGCCUCUGCCUGGAAAUGGAUCUGCAUUUUGGCAACUUAUUUGGGAAAAGGAAAUCAAAGUUAUCGUUGCACUUGAAAGAGAUUCAUCUGCUCUCUUCUAUCCCCUUCAGAAAGGAGCCACCUUAUCCUUUAAUGAUUUUCAAGUUGUGGAAAGCAAAGGCGAGCGUCGUAAUAGUUCCAACCUGACAAUUGCGAGAGAGUUCAAUUUGAUUUAUACUUCGAAAAAGAAGCAGAGGAAAGUUUUCAUACUCCCGUAUGAGGAAGAGUGGAAAGAUGACGUUCCAGUUCACACAGAACAUUUUCUUUGCUUUUUGGAAGAAGUAAAUUCAAUUCAACGAAAAGUUAGCGAACCAACAUUGCCUCUGACCGUGCUUUGUGGAACGGGUGCUGGCCGAAGCGGAAUAUUUAUCUUAUCCGAUCUCCUUCUUCACGCUGCUGAUUGCGGACAUAAAUUACGGUGCGAUGCUCUGCUCAAAGUCCUGCGUCAGCAAAGAAUGUCCCUCGUCUCAAACGCGUCACAAUAUGCCUUUGUCCUUCAUACAUUGGCGAAAUAUUUAGCCCAAUCAAGGCUUAUCUAAAUAUGUAUAUGCUAAUAUUUGUACUUAAAUUCAUUUUAUGCACAAGUUGAUUAUUCUUAAAUCUUGACUGAAUCAGUUAGGUUACCAAUAUUUCUACUUAUCAGACACUCCGACUUUAUGUGAUACAAGAACGAUAGGUGGACAUGCAAUUCGUAGUGUAGUAUUUAUUUUGCUUUGUGCUGCAAUAUUAUUCUAUUACUUAUGUACGUACUACGUAAAAUUUGGCAAGUGGAAUCAAGUAGUGUGUAAUUUCUCACCCCGCAAGAAUUAUUUACACGGAAGUUGGUCGUCCAAAAUGACUUAUGGUAGAAUGCACAUAUAUUUAUUUAUCUGCAUUUUUAUAUUGGAUGUAAUCGAUCAACAUAUCAUAUUGUGCUUGGUACUUACACUUACACGAUUUCGUAAAGUCUGGCAAUCUCCCUUUCCAACGAUUGCAUUUUUGAAUUUUUACACAUUGCACAUUCGCCGUCUGUAUGCACUGAACUUUUUUUAAUUUCCCAGUUGUCCAAUAUCAGCACAAUAAUAAUUUAAUGUUUUAUCAGUUUUAGGCCGCUUGUAUUAUUUACGUUAUUUUUAGUUGCAGAUUUUUUAGUUCACUUAGCUCCGACCGCACGCAAACUUUUACAUGAACAUAUAUACUCUAACUUAAUAUUAUUUAUUAUAUGAAAACAAAAGACCUGACUCGCGUUGAACUGCCGAAAAAUUUUACCAAUCAUUUGUAUGUAUAAUGGACAAUAAAAUGAAGCCAAACUUCUUCAGUAAAUCGGUUAUCCAACAUCCUGACUUUGGUAUUUAUUAUUAUUUAUAUUUGUAUGAUGCUUUUUUAUAACAUGAUAAAUGUUUCAUUAAAAACCGUUGUACAAUAAACAUGCGACCUUCUUAAUAAUAUUUACACAUACGGAGACAAUUAUUACUAUUAAUUAUGACAAGGAGGCACUUAAUUAAUUAUCAAUUAAUUACAGGAUAAGACAUCUGCACUAUCAUCUAUGCAAUUAAUCGAUAAAAGA